AUGAGAGUAAAGCUUCUAGAGAAGAGUGUUGCAUUUAGCCUCACAGAAGAAAAGCAAAGAUUAUCAGAAUUAACUGCAUAUCCAGCGCUAGCUGUUGGCUCUCACACUGAGAGCUUGUCCUCCUGCCUCCUUACAGCUGUUCGCUCUUACACUGAGAGCUUGUCCUCCUGCCUCCUAACAGCUGUUGGCUCUCACACUGAGAGCUUGUCCUCCUGCUUCCUUACAGCUGUUGGCUCUUACACUGAGAGCUUGUCCUCCUGCCUCCUAACAGCUGUUGGCCCUCACACUGAGAGCUUUUCCUCCUGCCUCCUUACAGCUGUUGGCUCUCACACUGAGAGCUUGUCCUCCUGCCUCCUAACAGCUAUUGGCCUUUACACUGAGAGCUUGUCCUCCUGCCUCCUUACAGCUGUUGGCUCCUGCACUGAGAGCUUUUCCUCCUGCCUCCUUACAGCUGUUGGCUCUUACACUGAGAGCUUGUCCUCCUGGCUCCAAGAAGCCUUUGAGUGUUGUUAG